AAAAAAAAAUUCCUUUUUGGGAAAAUUAUAUGGUUGGAAAAAUUUCGAAUUGAUUUUGAAGAGAUUAAACCAAAAUUAAUCAUCCCUCUUUCUCUCUCUAUUCUUUCCUUCUUCUUCUUCUUCUUCUUCUCCACCAUCAUUCAAAGUGUGACAAUGAACUAAACAACAACGUUACGCGUCUUCUUCUCUUUUUGAUUCUUUCACAAGAAAUCUAUUUGCCCUCCAUCGAGACACUAACUGGUCGAAAUCAAAGAAACUUGAAGCAUCUCCGGAGAAUGGUUUCGUUUGCGGGUUUCGCGUUCGUGUUCGGGUUUUUACUGGGGAUUCUCGCGAUCGUUGCGGCGGAAGUUAUAGGGUUUCUGUUUGUUCUGAAACGUUUGAAUCGGAAGAGUAAUAAACGACAUGAAUCGAAUUCUGGUUCUGAUCCAACUUCCAAGAACUUUGAUCCUCGCCGGUCCAUUGAUUUCAGUCUCAGCAAACAGGGAGUGAUCUGGAUAAUGGAAAUGGAUGAGAGUGUAAAGGAUUGGAUGAAGAAGGAGAAGUUACCAAAGGAGCAAAAGAAGAAGAGAGUUGAUCUCAUGGAGGUACAUCCAAUUAGGAGAUUUGCUCGUAUCAAAGACCAUAAGCUCAUCUUGUCAGAUUCAGAUGGCACUCAGACUUGUAUUACUUUGAAAGGUUGCUUUGUUAACGCUGUUUCAGGCUCUGGACCUACUAGGAAAUGGGCUAAAAGAUUUCCUAUACAAGUAGAAAGCAAAAGUUCGGUUUUGUACAAGGGAAACCGAGUGUUUUACAUUUUCUUAGAGACUUCUUGGGAGAAGGAGUCAUGGUGUAAGGCUCUUCGUCUUGCUGCUUGCGAGAAUCAGGAAAGGUUCAUUUGGUCCACCAAACUGAAAGACGAUUUCCGAUACUAUUUGGCUUCCCUUAAUGCUGCAUAUCCUUCUUUUAUGAAACCAUCAGCUGGUUUUAGUUUUGAGUCAUUGGACAAAGGGAUUAAAGUGGAUGGUCCUUCAUCAAAGGUUCGUUUGUUCUGGAAGAAAUUUUCUAAGAAGUGCUCACCUAAAGUGAAUAUGCCCCCGUCGGGUCGUGAAGACAAGACUUCAACCCGCGCAUACCAAGAUUCACAAUCUACCGGUAGCUCUGGAAAGAGCACCCCAGCAAGAAAGAUGCAAGAUAACAUCCCUGAGGAAACCGAUGUCCAAGUUGUCUCACGUUCUUGGAGCCAUAGCAGUCAUGGAUCGGAUAUAGAUUCAGAAGACAAGUCUUUUGAUGAAGGAACAUUGGCAUUGAACGUACUAAUUUCCCGGCUGUUCUUUGAUGUCAAACAGAACACAGUGUUGAAGACUUUAGUUCGCGAACGAAUCCAGCGGGUGAUGGCCAACAUGAGAAUUCCCAGCUACAUUGGUGAAUUAAUCUGCUGUGAUGUACACAUUGGAAACCUCCCACCUUAUAUACACGGUACAAGAAUUCUCCCAAUGGAGAUGAAUGGUGUGUGGGCGUUCGAACUAGAUAUUGAAUACACUGGCGGUGCGGGACUUGAAGUUGAAACUCGGGUUGAUGCCCGAGAGGAAGAACUGCAGAAAGGCAUAGCUGAGGGAAAAUUGCAGCCAAAUUCUGCUGGGGAUGUUUCACCUGGUCUCCUUGAAGGUCUUGCAGAUUUUGAAAAGCAAUUACUCCCUGAAGGAAUUGUUGAUGCACAAGAUGUUAGAAAUGGUGGGAACGAUAAAGCUGAUGAAUAUAAGGGUUUAAAAGGUACAAAAGCAGCUCCCAAUAAUGGAUCCAAGUGGAAGUCUAUUCUGAAGAAUAUCGCUGAACAAGUUUCCCAGGUCCCUAUUACUUUGUCUAUAGAGGUGUCUUCGCUUCGAGGGACACUCUGCGUACACAUGAAGCCGCCUCCAUCUGAUCAACUGUGGUUUGGCUUCACAAACAUGCCCGAUAUUGAAUUCAACCUUGCCUCUGCUGUUGGUGAACACAAAAUCACAAACAGCCAUGUUGCUAUGUUCUUGGUCAACCGGUUCAAGACGGCAAUACGAGAGGUCAUGGUGCUCCCCAAUUGUGAAAGCGUAACCAUUCCUUGGAUGACAGCUGAAAAAGAUGAUUGGAUCGAACGCAAUAUUGCUCCGUUCAUGUGGCUGAAUCAAGACUCGACCAGUGAUCACGAAGCUGCAGAAGCGAAAUCUAAAGUUGACAAGCCACCGACUCCUGAACAAGUACAGAAAACUGCCAACGUUGUUCCCCAGAAGCCUAGAAUGGAAGAAGUACCUGUGUCUGCACCAUCAGCUGAUUCCACAGCUCUGACAAUAGAGAGUCAGAAGUCCUUGGACGAACUCCAGACUCCGUUGCUCGAAAGCAGCGAAAAGCAGGAUACGGUAGCACGAGGAGGCAAUGGCAAUGCCGGAGACAUUCUGCCGCGCAGUAUCCAAUCACCGUCGAUGUCGUCUACAAUGUCGAGCGAGGAGGAUGAUUCAAAUUCAAAGGGAAAGAAAAUGGGGGCAGCAAAGGCGAGGAUGUUCGACUUCAGAAAGAAAGUGGGAGAGAAGUUCGAAGAGAAGAAACGUCACGUGGAGGAAAGAAGUAGACAGAUUGUUGAAAAGAUGAGAGGACCUUGACACAGAUUGUUCAAAACAGAGAAGAAGGAAGCUUUUUUUUGUUUGCUCUUUUUCUUUUUUCAGGUUUCAGACCAAAAAAAAUCUGAUAGACAGAAGAAGAAAGUCAAUAGAUUAGAUUAUAUAGGAUAUUGGUACUUGUAAUUCAUAUGUUUGGUAAAAAGAUCUGAGUAUUGCGAAAUCAUCAUUCUUUAUUCUUAUUAUUACAACAAACAAAGAGCAGCAUAAAAACAAAGUAUCUAUGCAAAGUGAUUUCAUACACACAAAGAAAGCUUGACCAAAGACCAAACAAAA